AUACCUACUUCCUUGUCUACAUUCAGUGUGUCAGACAUGCCAGGAUGCCGACAACACUGAUACUAUACGAUGUGGUAUUUGCCAGGAGGACUUCAAGAGGAAUGAUGUUGGCGAAACUAAGGAUGUUGUAACAACAAAACAGGUGUUGUUGUCAACCACCCAAAACGACACUGGGGCGGUUUUAUGCACCAACAACAACGAUGGCAUUCAAGCCAUGUCUUGGAACACUCUCAAGGAAGGUAUUCAGCAUGUUUCAGAAAGGCUUAGUCUUGUCAAACAUUUGGAAGGCAAAGUUGAUGGUCUUGAAUUGGAUAUUGAGUGUAAUGCUCAAGAUCUUAAAGAAGAGAUAAAACAUACAUUUGGGCAGCUCAGGAGUGUUUUAGACCAGAGAGAAAAUGAGGUAUUACUGGAAUUAGAAAAGUGCAAAGAAGCAGAGAAGGCCUCAAAUGCAUCUCUUCUGAAGUUACUUCAACAUGAAGAUUCUACAUGUGCUUCAUUUUAUCCAGAGCUGUCUUGAACUGUGUUGUCCUACUGAAGUCCUCUCAUUGAAGAAGAAAAUAGAAGCCAAGAUAAUUGCUAAAAGUGCCACGAUAUUACCACAACGUAUCCGCCAAAAGUCCUCAAUCACAUUUUCACAAACGGGCCUCCGACCUUUGACAGAAUCAAUGGCAACGUUUGGAGAGACAUGCACUGCUUACUACACUUCAGGUGUGGACUUCCUGUAUGUGGAGGAGGCUACAGAGGAACAGAAGGCCAGAGCCAGGAAGUACCUGUUGCCCGAGUCCUUCUACCUCUAUGAAAACAAACCCCCUUGUCCAGGCUGUAUUGGCUGUGAGGACUAUGACCCCAGUAAAGUCAGCGUGCCCAGCAAGGUCAAAGCCAAAUCAAAAUCUGAGGAGACAAGUCCUGCACCAACAAUAGCUUCAGUUCAAGUUUCAAGCAGUGCUGGUAACACUUCAGGUGUGGACUUCCUGUAUGUGGAGGAGGCUACAGAGGAACAGAAGGCCAGAGCCAGGAAGUACCUGUUGCCCGAGUCCUUCUACCUCUAUGAAAACAAACCCCCUUGUCCAGGCUGUAUUGGCUGUGAGGACUAUGACCCCAGUAAAGUCAGCAUGCCCAGCAAGGUCAGAGCCAAAUCAAAAUCUGAGGAGACAAGUCCUGCACCAACAAUAGCUUCAGUUCAAGUUUCAAGCAGUGCUGGUAGUGUUGCAGGCAGUACUGGUGCCAGUGAAGGGUUCUGCAUGAUCGGUCAGGCUUCAGGCAUGUCCUUUUCUACACUAGCUGCACAGGGAGAUGCAGUUGGUUAUGCUUUCAAGAAAGAUGAGAACCGACCAUUCCAGUGGUCAGGAGCAGGUCAGCAGAUCUUUGGGACUUCCCCAGGAGGCAACAGGACCAAUGUUGAUGAUGAUGAGGUUGUGCAGAGUGAUGACAUUGACUUUAAGCCCAUCAUUGACCUUCCAGAACUAGUUGAAGUCAAAACCGGGGAAGAAGGUUGGGAGGUGGUGUACUGCCAGAGAUCGAAGCUGUUCCCAUUUGUGCGGGAUUCCAACCAGUGGAAGGAGAGAGCUGUGGGAGACAUGAAGAUCCUCAAACAAGAUACUGAGUCUGGCAUCUCGGGUAUUGGCAUAUUUCAUCUAGACUAGACUCUUACAGGCCACCAUCAU